AUGGCAGCCGUCGCACAGGCCUCGGCAGACCGCCUCGCCGGCCCAGACAAGACGGCGGCGACGCAGCGCAUGCGCCUCGUCUCGCCCGCCCAGCUCGCCGCGCACACGUCGCCCAAGUCGCUCUGGGUCUCGUACAAGGGCCACGUCUACGACCUCACCGAGUUUGCGCCCGACCAUCCCGGCGGCGACGACCUCGUGCUCGACUACGCCGGCAAGGACGUCGAGGAGAUCAUGGAGGACCCCGUGAGCCACUCGCACUCGACGUCGGCGUUUGACAUUCUGCGCGAGCACCUCGUCGGCCGCCUGCCCGCCACCGCCGAGGAGCACGCGGCCCUCGCCGACGCCAAGAGCGGCGGCGCCGACUUCAGCGGCAAGGACGACGACAUCGUCAUCACUGCCGACUUCCACCCCGACGACACGGACGUGUCGGGCGACUUUGCGAAGCACGCGUUCCUCGACCUCAACAAGCCGCUCCUCGCGCAGGUGUGGAACAGCAGCUUCAGCAAGGAGUUCUACCUGCAGCAGGUGCACUCGCCGCGCCAUCUCAAGGAGAGCGCGCGCCUCUUUGGCAGCGACUUCCUCGAGAUGUUCACGCGCACGCCGUGGUACGUCGUGCCGCUCGUCUGGGCGCCCAUCGCCGCCGCGCUCUUCCACCGCUCCGCGAGCCAAUUCGCGGCGCAGGCGGCGGCGCGCCUCGGUGCCUCCACGGUGAGCUCGUCUGCGGCGCCGGCCGCAUCCUCCGCUGUCGCAUCGGGCCUGCGCUCCGUGCUCGGCGCCAAGGCCGCCGAGCACCUCGUGGCACCCAGCGUCGCCAUCACGACGGCCGCGACGAUCAACACGAGCAUGUGCUUCGCCGCCGGCGUCGUCGUCUGGACGAUCCUCGAGUACGUGCUGCACCGCUUCCUCUUCCACGUCGACGACUAUCUGCCCGACCGCCCCUUCUUCCUCAUGCUGCACUUCCUGCUGCACGGCAUCCACCACUACCUGCCCAUGGACCGCCUGCGCCUUGUCAUGCCGCCGCUGCUCUUCUUUGUGCUCGAGUGGCCCUUCACGCGCCUGGCGUACGCCAUCUUUCCGCUGCCCGUGGCCAACGGCGUCAUCUCCGGCGCGUUCGGCAUGUACGUCGUGUACGACGUGAUGCACUACUCGCUGCACCACCACCGCUUGCCGCAGUACCUGCGCGAGAUGAAGGCCUACCACCUGGCGCACCACUACAAGAACUACGAGGAGGGCUUCGGCGUCACGUCGAAGAUCUGGGACUGGGUCUUUGGCACGCAGCUCUGAGCGAUCGCGAGUCUCGCCUGAGCGUGGGCCGGUUCCGCACUCGCAGGCCGCCGACAGCGCGCCUGAGCGGCCGUCGAGCCGUGCCCCCCUCACACGCCGCCUGUAUAUCAUCUCUCCGCCUGGCGC